AUGCAGACGCGACUCCUGGAGCUUCCCGACCCGUCGCUGGACGGCGCCGUGAAGGCAGCGCUGGCAAUGGAAGCUGCCGCCAAGGAGGCCGGCGAGAUUUCCCGUGCGACUGGCUCACCGUCGGCGGAAGCGGGAAACGGCGGUCAACGCGAGUCGGCGACAAAGGGCAGUACCUGCGGUCGCUGUGGUGGUGCCCACUCCCCCUCACAGUGCCAGUUCUCUCAAGCACAAUGCUUUACGUGCGGGAAAACUGGGCACCUGGCACGUGUAUGCCGAAGGGGGAGGACGAACAACAAACAGCAGCAUCAGCCUGAUUCAUGCCCAGGUACCACACAAGCUCGCGGCCAGGGUAGCCAUCGCAAGCGUACGCGGCGGAGGCGGGCGGCAGCAAGCUCAAGUUCUUCCGUGGCCAGGCUCCACGUCGUGGCCGAGAACCCGCCGAUUUUCACCAUGUGGCACACAGGCUUUGUACCGUCGUCUGUGCCGCCGUACAUGCUGAUCGUCGAAAUCUGCGGCCACCACAUUUCCAUGGAGCUGGACACAGGGGCCAGCGUGUCUGGAGGCAACCGUCCCCUUUACUUAACGAAGGGGUCGUCGCCGACGCUGCUGGGCCGAAACUGGAUUCAUGCACUGGGCGUUCGUCUGCCAGAGUACCAGGAAGCCAGCCUGCAUGUGGUGCAAGACGUCCGCAGCCUCCUGACAGAGUUCAGGUCCCUCUUCCAGCCAGGGGUGGGCUCAUAUGCUAGCACGACGGCUGGCAUAUAUGUUCCUGCGGGAGCCCAGCCACGUUUUUUCAAGCCUCGCCCACUGCCGUUCGCCCCGAAGGACGGGGUCACCCAAGAGCUGCUACGGUUACAGCGUGAGGGCAUCCUGGUACCUGUCAAGACAUCUGAAUGGGCCACUCCCACCGUACCAGUCCUCAAGCGAGACGGCAGUGUCAGCAUCUGUGGAGUUCUUAAAGUUACCAUCAACCCCGUCGCUACCGUCGAGAAGUACCCGCUGCCCCGUAUUGAAGAUCUCUGGUCAGCAUUGUCCGGUGGACAGACGUUUACCAAGCUCGACCUCAGAGAUGCUUACCAACAGCUGGUGCUUCAGGAUGCCUCCCGGAAGGAUGUCACAAUAUCGACAACUUUGGGACUUUUUCAGUACAUGCUCUUACCGUUUGGCAUGGCCUCGGCCCCAGCCAUAUUCCAGAGGGAGAUGGACAACCUCUUCAGGGGCAUGUAG